AUGAAGCUGUGUGUUCCAGGUGACAAGCUAUGCAGCCAUGAAGACUGUAUUCCUGGCACAGGAGUGUAUCUGCGGCAUGGAUACAUCUACUCUGCACUAGCAGGCUAUGUGCUCAGAAAAAACGAGGGAGAGGAGUUGCCGGUGAUAUCUGUAGUGAGGGAAACUGAAACACAGCUGUUGCCAGAUGUAGGGGCAAUAGUCACCUGUAAGGUAACCAGCAUCAACCCGAGGUUUGCAAAGGUCCACAUUCUUUAUGUAGGCUCCACACCGUUAAAAGACCGCUUCAGAGGAACAAUCAGGAAAGAAGAUGUGCGUGCAACUGAAAAAGACAAGGUUGAAACCUACAAAAGCUUCAGACCUGGUGACAUUGUUCUUGCCAAAGUGAUUUCUCUGGGUGAUGUGCAGUCAAACUACUUGUUGACGACUGCAGAGAAUGAACUUGGAGUAGUAGUGGCCCACAGUGAAGCAGGAGCCCAGAUGAUCCCCAUCAGCUGGUGUGAGAUGCAGUGCCCUCAAACACACGCUAAAGAGUUUCGAAAGGUGGCCCGAGUGCAGCCAGAGUAUCUUGAAGCUUGA